AUGAAAUACUACACUACUUUGGUUCUCGCCCUCGCCUCCGUGGCCACCGCCGACUGGUCUCUCUACUGCGGCAAUUCCUGCUCCGGCGGUACACUCGUUGCAUCCGGCUCGGAUGCUCAAGGCGCAUGCACCAGCCUCGGCGGGACCUAUGAUUACUGCUAUGUUGAGGCUGAAUCCUCAUAUUCUCCGACUUGGUGGAAGGCGAUCUUCUUUGAGAGUGCUUCCUGUGAAGUCAAUAGUGACGUACCUGGAAUGCACGAGAGUAGUGGGGUGUUUAAUGGCGGUUGUACUGAUGCUGGCUCUUGGACUUCUUACAAUGUGGUUGUGAAUGCUUAA